AUGUGGAUUUGGGCUGGCGGAGCAACCGUGCUGGGAGGACUGCUGCUAUGGCCACCAGUCAAACUGAGUCCAGAAGUUGUCGUCAUCAAUGCAUUGGUUUUAGUGCUGCUGUGCUACCGCUGUAUCAGCAGAAUGGUCUUUGCCGGAAAGGGGCAUGUUUGGCACAUCGCGCCAUCUUCUAUAGAAAAACUUGGAUUGCUGGACUCGGCUAAUGUGUGGAUGGCAUUGCUCUAUGCCGCCAGCUCGCUGACAUUGUUGGGCACUCUCCAGUUCUUCGUGAUCGUUUCGCGGUUGUUACCUGACCUUUGGCAACUUCGCGAUGCACAUGCGGUUGGCGCGCAGAUCAUGAACGCGUUUCCAGCCGACUUGGAGUUGAACAUGACAAACGGCGAGCUGUUCAGCCUAGAUCAUGAGACUUGGCGCUUUGCUAGUUCCAAUCUGGGUGGUAUAUGCUGCACACACUGCGACUGCCACAACGAGAUGCGGCUGGACUCCCUUUACCAGGUGAUCCUGCCUUUGUCCGCUGUUGAGUCAGUUCAGUUGGGCUUGAUCUGGCGUGUGUGUAGACAAGCCUUCAAUAUGCCAGAUGUGGACGUGAUGGCUCCUGCAAUACAGCUGCCCCCACAAUCUCCAUCCGUUCCUACUCCUGUGGCCGUGGGAAGUAGCAAGGUUGGAGUUGGAACCAAGCGAGUCAAGGUAGCACAGAUUGCAGAUCAGUUGGACGAUACUGAGCUGGAGCUGAUUGAGAAGAAAGAGGUGGAUGAAGCAUACCGAACAUUCCGCGAGCUCACCGGGAGUGACCCACCCAGUGAUUCAGAGCCGACGGCUGAGCAACUUACAGUCAUGCACAACAAAAUCGUCGUACAGGGCGAUACACCUUAUGCUGAUUUUUCUGUGCUGACCCCUUUCGGGAGGCGUAUGCAGAAACAGCUCAAAGCAAAGGGCUAUUUCUUGCAGGAAGACGGAACAUUCAAGCAGACGGAGUUGCCGGGUCCAGCUUCGUAUUCAUCAUGGCACGCCUGCUGGAAGAUCUACAGGGUGAUACUGCUGAUGUUACGUCAUCUCCCAAACAAUGCUGGGGAUCGUAAGCCGAUCGUUACAAUGGCCGCACUGGAAGAAUAUCAUGAGUGCAUAGCAAAGCUGUGCAGGGAUUUUCCAGAAUGUUGGUCACUGGUCAUGAAGGCCGAGGAUCGUUGCAGAGGUGUGUUCACCUUUGCUGCUCGGGAUGAGGCAUACUGGACUGCGGAGGAGACGGGUGUACCGGAAGGGGCGGCACAGGCUAUGGGUACCAUCAAGAUUGCACACAACCCUCCAGGUAUGCAAUCCAUGGCUACGAAGGGCGACUCAAAAGGAUCUGGUAAAGGGACGGGUCAUCCAAAGAAGUACGGCAAGUUCUUCGUCACAGAUCGGGAUGGUAAUCAAAUUUGGUAUCGCGCUGAGGUUGCGGAUCAGGAGGUAUUGCGUGCAUAUCCUCAGCGCUCGAGCUCUGACACCUUGAAUUCAAACAGGCAUGGUGUUCGAAAGUUCAGGUUUGCAGAGUUUUUUGCCGGGCUAAGCGGUUUCACUAAUUCCUUGAAGAGCUUGGCGGAUGAUGCAGUGGAAAUUACAGCUUCAUUGGACGGUUAUGCCGGUCAAUGGGACAUCUUGGAUGACGCUCAUUUUGAGCACAGUCUGCAGGUCUGCAAUGAGUUUGAUCAUGGGCAUUUCGGGCCGGCCUGUAGGACAUUUACACGAGCCAGGCGCAGUGAUGAGCAUGGUCAUGUUAAGCUUCUGCGUACUGACGCACAUCCGGAGGGUUUCGGGGAUGACGAGGCAACGUUGGCAAAUCGCAUGGUGGAAAGGGUGAUCGCUCUUUGCUUGCAACUACAUCAAAGGGGCGCCACAUUCGCCAUCGAAAAUCCCGAGGAUUCCUUGAAAUGGUUGCUGCCGAAGAUGCAGAAGCUAUUCAAGUUAGAGGGGUCAGAUGUCGUGCUACUUCAUCAAUGCGCAUACGGCGCGGCAUCGAGGAAACCAACCUGCUUGGUCACCACAUCGGAGUGGAUGAAGUCAGUAUGCUCUUUAUGUGACGACGUCAGACAUCACCUUCAUGCUCGAGGAGGUCUGGUUGGCAAAGCAUGGGACUAUGUGGCCGAGGAGUGGGUCUGGCGCACAAGUUUGGCCGCUGAAUAUCCAUGUGGUUUAUGUGUGGCAUGGUCCCGUGCCUUGCUUAGCUGGUUGAACUCUGCAUCCGGAAAACGGUGGGUGGAACGACGCACUAUGGUAAAACUGGGCAAAUGGAACAAUACCUUGGUUCGGGGUGACUUGGUGCGGCAAGGAGCACCUACACAUUCAUUGGAAGCUCCUGCAACACAUCAGUCAAGCAGGGAUCUCAGGGAAAGGGAAAACCUUCAUGCAAUCGGAGGGCUCAGAAAUCCGCGACAUGCCGUCAAGAAGUCGCCUAAGCUGAGAGAUGUGGGUUCCAGAAUUCGGCAGAUUCUUGACUCCAUGUCGUGGGAUGCUCAACUUGAUCGUUUAGAAGCGGACUUCACUGCAGGAUUGGAAGACACAUGGGUGUCGGAGCUUCGUGCGAAACUUGCAGAUGCAUUCGCGGUUGCUACGGUUGACUCCGGCCUCCAAGCGCCCUUAUGGUCUGCAAUGCUCCGCGAUGCUGCAGAUCCUGAUGCAAAAGUCUUAGCAAAAUGGCUUGCUGAAGGAUUUCCUCUUGGCAUACAAGAAGCCAUCGAGAACACUGGCAUCUUUCCAAAGACGGCUGAAGAUUCAGCGGCGAUUGAGGCUAGCAGACUCCAAGGAGUGCUGCAGGGUGAUGCAGACGGUACCAUUGUGAAUUACACCAGCUUUGAAGAGGCCGGUGAAAAGGCUCAGGAACUCCUCGACAAGCUCAAUCAAGCUGGACGCUCCGAGGUGUUUGAUUCGUGGGAGGCAGUAUGUCAAGCGGUGGGAUCGGAUGCUAAGGCGGUGGCGCACGAUGGUGAGUCAUCCGCUGUAUGUUAUGUUGACGACCCCUUGAUGUUCAUCAUUGGUCGGACUGCUCGCCUGCGUCUUCUGGGCUUCCUUCGGUAUGUGGCACUGUGGACGGCACUGGGGCUCGAUAUUGCCUGGAACAAAGCAUGUCGAGGUUGCAGAGUGGUCUGGAUUGGAUUCGAGAUUUUGCUUCAUCAGCCAAAGCCCGGUGACAUGAUGGUGCAGCUUACCCAAGCCAAGCGGGAUAAACUCCUUUCGGUGUUUGACCAGAUUGCACAAUAUAAGGGAGUAUUCCCGCUAAAGUUGCUUCAAUACGCUGCAGGAGUGCUGGGUUGGGUGUCAAGUGUUAUGCCGUUGGCCAGGCCAUACUUGGCUAUGAUUUGGGCAGCUAUCACUCAACAUCGCACUCCUAUGCGUGACACCACUCGCAUCCGCAAGGGCCUGGUCUUCAUCCGUCAGGUGGAGGGUGCACUGAAACGAUGCUUCCGAUGGCGGCCAUCUGCUCCAGUAGUGUUGAUUCAAACUGACGCCUGUCCAACUGGCAUGGGUGGUUUUCUUAAGAUCGGAGACCGCUUCGCUGCAUGGUGGGCAGAUGAUGUUAUGCAAUCGGAUUUGGAAACAUUCCACGCGCUCAAGGGUGACCCAACUCAUCAAAAUGAGUGGGAACUUCUCGCAGUGUGGUGCUCCCUGGAGGUGUUUUCUCCGAUGCUGGAGCAACUGUCGGUCAAGCCGCAGAUUCUCCUUCGUACUGAUAACACAUCCACGCUGCAAGCUGCUUUGGAGCAUCGCGCAUCUUCCCCGCUCUUGGUCGCACUGGCGGCUGAGAUUGCAUUGUCGUUGGAGGUGAGACAACUGAUGCCCUUGUGGGGGCAGCACGUGCCGACACAGCUGCAGAACUGCGUCCGUAUGCCCGCCCCAAGCGUAGCGAUGCCGUGGGCGAAGAAAUCGAGACCGCUGAAGAGUCAGACUUGGUCUAAGCCAUUGUUAACGGCAGCCGUCGAGCCAGAGCUGCCACCCGCAGUUGCCGCAGCUCGUGCUGAGUUGGGACUUCCGGCUCUUGCACAUGAGACGGCGACAAGUGCUUCUGGCGCCGCUGAGUCCGUAGGUGCUACACUUCUGUCAGCUGGUGACGAGCCUUUGCGCACUAGGCGCGGAUCUUCGGAAUUGGCGUUAGAAGUGGCGUCAUCCCAAGAUAGCAUGGAUCUGGCACGCCGUCAAUUCAAAAGCUUGAUUUAUGCAUCCAGCACGGUGUGCACGAAAGAAUCUUUAUUUGGCUUAUGGGAGAAGCUGUGCGCCCGCCUCAAUUAUGAUAGUCUGCCCGUCACUGAAGCUUCAAUCUUUGACAUUUCUUCUGUGCUCCGUGCGGCCGGGUUUCGGGCCGUAAGUGCUUGUCUGUAUGAGGCAAAGGCCCGCCAUGUGCGUGCAGGUUUCGCUUGGUCUCCUCAGCUCGACGCAGUCUUGCAAGACGCCAAGCGUGGUGCGAGGAGGGCCAUCGGCGAUGCAAACAAGGCGGCUGAGAUUCGACCUGCAUGGUGGGCAAGCCUGGCAAGGAAUUUCGGUUCAGACCCAUGCCCGCAUGUAGCCGGACCGAAAUCUCCAGUGGGUGGUGUUGCCCUUUGGGUGUUCGCUACGGCCUUUCUGCUUCGUGAAACGGAGCUGGCGUACAUCACGCUCGAUUCGCAAAGCAUCAAACUGGAUUACGCUCAGAGGACUGUUAGUCUCCAUCUGAGCGUGCAGAAGAACGACCCGGCCGCCCGAGGUGCGUGGCGCACUCUUGCAUGUGAAUGCACGCGAACAUCUCCAUGUUUGUGUCCAUUUCAUGUUGCUGAUGAUUUAGUCUGCAACCAGCUGAGCAGAGUUGGGCACACGCGACUGGAAGACGUGCCGCCGGGUGCUUUUCCUUUAGUAGGUCAACGUGCGUGCCCUUCGAAGGUUGUGGAUAAGAAGUUUAUGAUUGACGAAGCUCAAAGACUCGCCUCGUUGAUUAUGAUUAAGCUUUCGAAUCCAGCUGCUUCGCAACUCGAGAUUACGACAGUGACUGGGCACUUUGCGAGACGGUCUGGCGCUAAGGAACUGGCCAGGCGAGGUAUUCCUCUGUCCACAAUUCAAUGGAUGGCUCGGCAUAGCUCUUUGGCCACCCUCGGCUAUGUUGAAGAAGCAUGGGCAGAAAACCCUCGCGAAUCAUUCCGAUGCAUAGAUGCCUCGUCAAUCUCGGAUAUGAUUCAAGUCGCAGUGGGACGAAUAAGUGCCCUUGAAGAAGCACAACACGAAGUCUGUGCGGGUCAAGCUUCUUUAUCCGGGGAGCUUGAUCGUUUGGAAGCGCAGCUGUUGGAUCUUGCAAGCGAGAGCCUGCAGGUCAGGCUCCCAUCGGAUCUGAUGGGCCAGAUGCGCACAGAGCUUAGAAAGAUGGUGACUCCAAUUGGUGUGUUGAACACUCGCACCAAGUUUCUGCACCAUGUAGAUCAGAGGACUUGCAUUCUGAGCAAGCCCGAUCAGUGGAUUUGCAAAUGCGGUUGGAAGUUCAUGUCAUCAUGCAAUAAAGAACUUUUCUUUGAUGACGAUGAGCUCCCUGAAGGGGCAGCCGUUUGUGAUCAUUGUCUCAGAG